AUGGAUCAAUCAGGACCCGAAAACCUCAUCCAGGUGAAGAAAGAAUCAGGAGGAAUCGCCAUCAUCACAAUCAACCGUCCGAAAUCUCUCAAUUCUCUCACGAGAGCGAUGAUGGUAGAUCUCGCGGCGGCGUUCAAAGAUAUGGACUCCGACGAAUCAAUCCAGGUCGUGAUAUUCACCGGAUCCGGUAGAUCUUUCUGCUCCGGCGUUGAUUUAACUGCUGCGGAAUCUGUUUUCAAAGGAGACGUUAAGGAUCCAGAAACCGAUCCUGUAAUCCAAAUGGAACGGUUAAGAAAACCGAUCAUCGGAGUAAUCAACGGUUUCGCCAUCACCGCCGGAUUCGAACUCGCCUUAGCCUGCGAUGUACUCGUCGCUUCCAAAAGAGCUAAGUUCAUUGAUACACACGCCAGGUUUGGGAUAUUUCCUUCAUGGGGUUUGUCUCAGAAGUUGUCAAGGAUCAUUGGAGCAAACAAAGCUCGUGAGGUUUCUUUAACCUCGACGCCAUUAACAGCUAACGUAGCUGAGAAGUUAGGGUUUGUGAACCAUGUUGUUGAAGAUGAAGGAGAAGCUAUGAAGAAAGCUAGAGGAAUCGCAGAAGCUAUAAUAAAAAAUGAACAAGGAAUGGUUUUGAGGAUUAAAUCUGUUAUCAAUGAUGGAUUAAAGCUUGAUCUUGGUCAUGCUCUUAAACUCGAAAAGGAACGAGCUCACGCGUAUUACAGUGGAAUGACAAAGGAACAGUUUAAGAAGAUGCAAGAGUUCAUAGCUGGACGUGGAUCCAAGAAACCUUCUUCAAAGUUGUAG